GUGCCAAGACAGAUUGAACCGCACACAGGUGACGAGCAGCAACAUAAGAAGUACUUGGAAGAGUUGCAAGAUGGCUACGGUUCCGCUGAACAUCACCGUGCCGAUGACGGGGCCAAGCUGCAGGUCCGCGCUGUUACGCCGAUACGCCAUCUCGCGGCAGCUGUUCGCGUUUCCGGACUUCGUUCAAACCGAAUACUGCCAGGAGCCAUGCGACGAAGAAUUCCAGGCGAAGCACACCAUGUCACCGACCAACAAGUCUUUCUUCGGUCAAAUGAGCAUUGAGAAGGCCGAAGACGAGGAGACUGUCGAACUGGAUGUCGCCGAGUUCAAAAGAGUUGAGCGGCCUGGAACGAACAUCAAGCUGAUCUGUCCUGGCGUGUCGGGCCCCGGUGUGGCGGUGACGUGGUUCCACAACGGCUCUAAGCUUCGCCCUACGUGGAGCCGGGUGUCCCUGAGCGCUGCGAGCCAGCAGGUGUUGUUCAAGCCACUCAAGGAACGCGACGCGGGCAUCUACGAGUGCACGGUCAUGGGCGUCAAGAUGGGGCACCUCGAAUUGUACGUGAAGAAGGCAAAAGAAAUAAGAGUGCUGGGCAUGUCCGACGCCUCCUGGUUCACGCUCGUCACCGUACUGGCAAACUUCUGCGCGUACCUGGCCGUCGUGUCCGCCAACUGGAACCAGCACUACAAGAGACUCGAGAUACAGGAUUACCUGGCCACGAAGAGGGCUGAGAGGCAGCAGGUCUCGUGAAUGGAAACAGACGGCCAGGCGUGCAUUGUCGACUAAGCUCCUGUUCCCCUCACCGAGGACUGGACGGAGAAUUAAAGACGAAUUGAAUGAUA